AUGCCGAUCACCUUCGACCGCCGUGACCACUGGGUACACCUGCCCAGGCCGGGUGCCUACCCCCUCGUGGUUAGCCCGGUGGUGAGCCAGGUCCGCCUGGCCAAAGUACUCGUCAACGGUGGCAGUGCCCUCGACAUCAUCUUCGCCAGCACAUUGGAGAGCAUGGGCUACGACAUGACCUCCCUGGUCCCAUCUGAUCAGGCCUUCUAUGGCAUCAUCCCCGGAGCCGGGUCGACUCCGGUCGGCCGGGCCACUCUGCCAGUCACCUUCGGCACUCGCGACAACUACCGCACCGAGUAUGUCAACUUCGAGAUGCCAACUCCAAAGGGGGUCCUCUCGGUCUACGGAGAUCUGCAGACCUCCUACGCGUGCGAGGCCAAGAACAUCGAACUCUCCGACACCCUGGAACAAUCCAGGAACUUGGUUCUUGUUGCUCGGGUAGCAAAGAAUGUCCUGGCGGACCAGCAGCCGAUCCCCGCCAAGGAGUCGACUUCCGAGUCGCAGCUCGCGCCAGCCGUGGCGACCAAGACCAUCGUCCUCCAGGACGAUGGACCGCACAAGACCGCCGUGAUCGGGGCCAGCCUCGACUCGGCGUAG